CGGAAAUUUGUGUAUUCGGGAAAUUCCGAUAGAUCGUAUAUUUUGUUCUGUGCUUAGGAACACGUUACAUUUGUUGUUCUUAGUAGGAUGGCUCCCAACAAAUUGAAGAAAGACGCACCCCUCAACAUACAAGGCUAUACUGUGCUUCAAGUCAAGCCGACUGUUCGUAGCAAUGUUUGCCAUUGCAUGUACUUGCGUGAACACAGCGCAGCAGUCCCCAGAGCAGAAUGGCCACAAGGGAGGACACUCAUUGUGCACAAUAUUCCGCCAUAUUGUAAUGAGGAAAAUGUAAGGCUGCUUUUUAAGGAAUGUGGUGACAUCAUCAGAGUCUAUCUGCAGUCCAAGCCCUCCUCGAAACCAAUAGUACAAAGCCAGUUUUUGCCGACAAGUUCAGAAAAGGGUGUCCAGAUUGCUUAUGUUGUUUUUAGAAAGCCCGGAGGAGUGAAGAAUGCUUGCAACAUGGUUUAUGACAAAGAGAGACUUUUGUCCGACGCGAACACUCCGAUCAUAGCUGGCCUUAGAGCGUACAUCAAAGAGUAUGAGGAUUCUGUGACUGACGUCGACGCGCUGGAGAAAAGUGCAGAGGAGUUCAUGGCGCAGUACUACAAGAAGAAAGAUGAGGAGAUAAAGCGAGAGAAGGAGAUGGAAGGAGUUCCUGAUGAAGAUGGAUUCAUCAAGGUUACGAGACACGGCAAGAACAAAGGCCUGCGGAGAACGGAAGAGACAGAGAAGAGAGGCCACGAACACAUUCGUAGUCGGAAGAAGAAAAAUGAACUCAAAGACUUCUACGUGUUUCAGUACAGAGAGACAAAAAGAAAACAUAUUGCCGAGUUGCAAGCCAAAUUUGAAGAUGACAAGAAGAAAGUGAAAGAAAUGAAGAUAGCCAGAAAGUUCCGACCCUACUGAUUUUCUUUGACUUACUCAAUAAUUGUUUCUUAAAUUCAUGUACAUUGUUAUUAAAAGUCGGCUCGAAAGUGAGAUACUUCUA